GGCGGGAAGCAGCUGCGCCAGCUUCCACAAGCUUAGCUUCGCGCCUUGCUCGAAUUAGCAAGGAGCAAAGCACGCCCUGACGCGCCGCUUGGUUUCUUCUCCUGGAGCGGCUCUCCACUUGUCACCUUUUUUUUUUCACGGCAGCGGCGACGGCAAGCGAGCCACCGCUGUGCGCGCCAUGGCCUCUUCGUCGUCCUCGUCCUCCAACCCUGCGUCGCAGCCGCCUCUGCUGCUUCCGCCGCCGGAGCCGGCGCCCGCGCCUCCGUCGAUGCCGGAGGCCAGGCCCAGGCCGAGCCCCACUCUCGCCGACAACGUCCGCGGCCUGCUCAAGUCCGGCGAGGCGCUCAUCCGUGCCGCGUUCCGGGGUAACAACGGCCACCGGCGCCCUCCUCUACAGCACCAUCAACUUCACCCUCACCAGCAGCAGCAGCAGCAGCAGCAGCAGCAUCACCGCCCUGCUGAUAUCAUGAAGCGCUUGCAACGUGAAACGUUUUCUGAUGUCAUGAAGCUUAAGGAUAAACAUGAACAAAUCGAACGCAUCGUUUCUUUAUACAAAAAUGGCAAGGGAUUUCAGUUCCCAGAUUUCCCUAUCCAGGUGAAAAUAGCACUUGAUGCGGUCGGGGCAAUGUUUCUUGUCGAUGGCGACAAAUUCAAGGAAGCGAAAGUGGUCCUCGACAAGGCAGGGUACCGGACGGGCCUCAGCUCAAGGUUCAUCUUCGAGUCGAAGACCAGGGGCAAGGACACCAUUGCAGCAGAGCUCUCAACCAGGCUUGAAGCAGGUGGUCAUCUCGGAGAGGCAACUGGGAGACCAGUUGAGCUGACUAGAUUGCAGUACUGCGCCCGGAUCAACAAACGGCUAUCAAUGAUCCUAGUUCCGUUGGGAGCCCAAUGCAACAACUUCUUGCAUGAUUCAAGAAUGAUUCGGAAUCUGCAGAGCCAAGCCUCUUUCGACGGGCCACCUUUGUUUUCUGAACAUCACAACUGCGCUGCUGGUUUGAGAAUCAAAGGAUCCAAAUUCACCGCCUCCUUCGCCCAGCUACUCUUCGGUUCAGGAGCACAAGACGGUGAGCAUGGGGGUGCUACCCGCACGACAACAUUUGGUAAAGUGUCCUGCGAACCAGCCAAGGAUGUGAAGCUCCGCGUAUCAGGGCUUUGGCAGGCCUGCACGUCGUCGUCCCGGUUCAACUAUCUUGGAAUCCUUUCUCUUCCAAUUGGAAGCAUGAUUCCAGUAAAACCCGCUGCACCGGGUCCAGGAGCACAUUCGGACCCGAGUGCUCCUCGCCAACCGACGGGGUCGGGGCAGGGUGGUGCUUCAGCCCCUUCGAUCGCGGUGAUGGUGGACUGCGAGCUGUAUGAAACUAUCAAGGCGGAAGGCUGGUUUCAGAUGGAGAGGUCCAGAAAUAGACCGGUGCGCUGCGGCUUCUCCUUGUCCGACACCCCGGAGAGCAAGCUCGGGUGGGGUGUGAGGAUGGGCGGCACGGCGGAAGGAGAGGGGCACAGCCAGCACCUGGAAGGGUUCCUCAACUUUGAUCUUGGCAAGGGCGCGAGGCUGCAGCCGGGCCUCGUGUAUGCCAUGGAGGGAGGCAAGUGGACGCCGGCGCUGCUUCUGCGGUCGUCCUGGUUCAUGUGAUCUUCAUCCUUGCAGCGGUGUGGUUUCUGGGUUUGUUGCUUGGAAUAAGCAUUUUGACUGACAGCCUUGAUAGCUUUCAUUGCAUUUAGCAAAUUGUGUCGAGCUGUUUCAUGUAACUUCAUUGCUUUUGUGUGAUUUUGUCUAAGGUUAAUGGUGCUUGUCCUUUUUUAUGUAUAAACGGUUACCGGGAUUUUAUUCAAAGCCAAUAACUAGGUUCAGAUAAAUCCGCGGAACAGCAACUGCUGGUGAAACCAGC